AUGGGCCACUAUUUGAUGAUUUUAGUGUUAAUUUUAGUACCGCUGGAUCGUUGCUACAAUGGAUACAAAUUCUCAGACACUUUGGGCCAUAUCAAAACGCAAACUUUCGCCAACGUACAACAGAGGGCGGUACAAGAUCUGAUCUCUAGAAUUCUACCAAACAGAUCCAGUGAAUUUUCAAUUACAAUCAAUUCUACUUUCACUGUAGACGAUCGUGAAGCUUUCCAGAUCAAAAAAUUAAACGAUAAAAUUCAAAUAACGGCAACAACAGGAGUGACAGCGGCAAGCGCAUUCAAUUACUAUUUAAAGUACCACUGCCACGCCCACAUUUCUUGGGAAGUAUCGCAGUUGGCUCUGCCUCAAAUCCUACCCGCAGUUGACAUUGUUAUCACAUUAAAUGACAGGUUCAGGUACUAUCAAAACGUGUGCACCACAAGUUACAGUUUCGUCUGGUGGAACUGGCAACAAUGGGAAAAGCAUAUCGAUUGGAUUGCCAUGAAUUCGUUUAAUUUUGUUUUGGCUUUCAACGGUCAAGAAGCGAUCUGGCAACGUGUCUACGAGAAAUUGGGGCUCAGCCAGGAUGAUAUUGACGAACACUUGUCUGGACCUGCGUUUUUGAGCUGGUUAAGGAUGGGUAAUUUACGUGGUUGGGGUGGUCCGUUGUCGCAAUCCUGGCACCAGAGGUCGCUCCAUUUGCAGCACAAAAUCGUCGAGCGCAUACGCCAAUUCGGAAUCGUCACCAUUUUACCUGCGUUUGCCGGUCAUGUGCCAAGGGCUUUUAAAAGACUCUAUCCGGACACCAACAUGACAAAAAUGUCGAUUUGGAACCAAUUUCCGGACAAAUAUUGUUGCCCUUAUUUUAUCGACCCCACCGAGGAAUUAUUCCAAACUGUUGGCAAAUUGUUUAUUGAAGAGCAAAUAUCCGAAUUCGGUACUGAUCACGCGUACAAUUGCGACAGUUUCAACGAAAUGGAUCCGGGAAAUACCGAUUUGACGUACCUGUCAAAUGUCGGCAAAGGUAUUUAUAAAGCCAUGACGUCAGCGGAUCCUAAAGCCAUUUGGGUGUUACAAGGAUGGAUGUUUUAUAGUGAUGCCUUUUGGAAUGAUUUGAAUCGCGCUCAGAGUUUUCUGACCAGUGUACCAACGGGUAAAAUGAUUGUACUAGACCUUCAAUCCGAAGAAUUUCCACAAUUCACAAGACUCAAUCAAUAUUUCGGGCAGCCUUAUAUUUGGUGCAUGUUGCACAAUUUCGGAGGCACAUUGGCCAUGUACGGUUCGGCUGGAGUUAUAAACACUGAUGUUAUUGAGGCAAGGGCAGCCGAAAACUCAACAAUGAUUGGUACAGGUUUGACUAUGGAGGGAAUAAAUCAAAAUUACGUAAUUUAUGACUUGAUGACUGAGCAGGCGUGGCGUAAAGAGUCUGUCGACCUUUCCGAUUGGUUCAGAAAUUAUUCCAGAAGGCGCUACGGUAGGAAAGAUGAGCAUGCUGAAUUUGCUUGGCAAGUUUUAAAAGAUACUUUGUACAAUUUUAACGGUAUUGAACGUCUCAGAGGGCAAUUUGUGGUAACUAAAACGCCCAGCCUUAAUAUUGUACCUUGGACUUGGUACAAUUACACUGAGGUUUUCAAUGCAUGGAACAGUCUUAUACUUGCCUCAGAUAAUCUUAAAAAUAGUCCAGGCUAUUUGCAUGAUUUAGUUGAUUUGACCAGGCAAGUUUUGCAAGACAAUGGCGACAUUUACUAUGAAAAGUUGGUAAAGACGUUUAGAAAUAAAGAUCUGAUUGAGUUUCAAAAAUUGGCAACAAUUUUUAGAGGAAUAUUUUUGGAUUUAGAAUCAAUUUUAGCAACAAAUGAGGCGUUUUUAUUGGGCAAAUGGCUUGAAGCUGCCAAAAGUUGUGCAAACAACACUAAGGAAGAAAAACUAUUCGAGUACAAUGCAAGGAAUCAGAUUACACUUUGGGGCCCUUGGGGGGAAAUUAUGAAUUACGCCAUCAAACAAUGGUCAGGUGUAGUGAAGGAUUUUCUUUAUCCUAGGUGGGACGAAUUUGUAUAUGCAUUAAACUUCAGUCUGGUUUACAAUGUUACUUUUAAUCAGCCCUUAGAGCAAGGGCUGAUUUUUCUUUUGUAUGAGGAACCUUUUACGUUUGCCAGAGACAUUUAUCCUACAGAAGUUCGAGGUGACACUAUUCAAAUAGCUAAAAGUAUAUUGGCCAGAUCGUGGUACACGAACACUGAGUUUGUUCCAACAACUUUGAAAACAAUUCCGGUUAGAAAUAGAAAAAUCCCUAAAAAAUACCAAAAGGGCAUCAAGCGGUGUAAUUCUAAUAAGGGAUUUGGUGGUACUAGCUUGGAAGUGAGGAGAGGAUCGUCAAAAAUUAGAGAUUUAAAUGUGAUGGAUUAUUAUUUUUCUUAA